AUGGCCAAGUUUGUUGCCUGCCUAAUUAUUGCCAUUUGUACGCUGCAGAUAUCCAAGAGUUAUCAAUGUGAUGAUUCUCCUGCUCCUGCUCCUGCUCCUGAUACUGAUUGCAGUAGCAUGUUAAAAUCGUGGGAAACGGAGACUAAUGAAUCUUGGCUGAGGGGUGAGAUAACUUUGAUCUGCACAAAGAAGAGUGACUAUGGAGAUGGUAGAAAUCGGUCGGGGGCGAAGAUUUCGGAAGAGGAAGCAGCGCAGAAGAGGCAAUCAACGAGAGACGGAGAUCCCCGAGUCAGCCCUCUUACACCUCCCUGGCGGACUUUUCAGGAUCCGCCUUCGCCGUCUAUCAACGACCUUGUUUUUCCGGCGAGUUCCGCAAAUCGAUUAGUUGAUCAGGUGUUUAGGUCCUUUCAAUUCUACCAUGCUCCCGUUGUUUGUCUAUGGAGUUGCUUCGGCUAUGAAAACGAGCAUCGUUCUCAGCACAUUCAAGCACUUGAAGUGCCUUCCGAGAAUAUUGUUCGAGGAAAAGGUUCAAUAAAGGACCCUGACAAAGAAGAGAAGUUACGUGGACGUCCAGACUAUGAAACGUUUGUUCAGUCAUCAACUGAGUCAUACUUGUCACAUGUCAUAUGGCAUUUAGGCGAACAGGAUAUCGUGGUUGAUACGUGA